AUGGGUCAGGUGUUUCCUCUAGUUGCGGGGUUUGAAAUCACCUUAGGAGAAAGCGACCACCGAAUGGCAGCCCAACAAUCGCAAAGCAUCCAAACGCUUCUGGAGGCUGAGAAGGAAGCAGCAAAGAUCGUGCAACAAGCUCGCCAAUAUCGCGUGCAGAAGCUGAAGGAUGCUCGUGCUGAAGCCACGAAAGAGAUAGAGGAAUAUAAGAAGGCAAAGGAACAGGAGUUCAAGGCAUACGAGGCAUCGCACGCUGGCACAACAUCUACGACUCAGGCUGCCUUGGACAAGGACACGGAAGUUAAACUUAAGGAGAUCGAAGCUGUUUUUAACAAGAAGAAAGACGAAGUGGUCAAUACCCUUCUCACAAGGGCGACUUUGGUCCAACCAGAACUCCACCGGAACCUCAAGAAAUUAAACGCCUAA